AUGCCUGCCCAAGACUUCAAAGCAAUCGUCGUCGGCGGCGGACCUGUCGGGUUGUCAGCUGCCCACGCCCUUUCACGCGCCAACAUCGAUUUCGUUCUCCUCGAACGCCGCCCAAGCCCUGUCAUUGACGCCGGCUCCAAUCUCGUGCUCAAUCCUAUGGGUAUUCGUGCACUCGACCAGAUCGGCCUCGGAGAUUCUCUUGAGAAAGUCAGCUCUACUGUCGGUCUCGUCAAGCGCCAGGAUCAUCAAGGUCGCGAUCUCGGCGAUGCGCACUGGUUCAUCCUUUUCAACAAACUCCUGGGAACCUACCCCCGUGUAGUUAGCCGCCAGGACCUCACAAAGAUUCUUUACGAGUCACUGCCCUCAUCUACAAAGGAAAAGAUCUUGACAAACAAGAAAGUCUCCGACAUCAUCCCCAACGACAAUGGUGUCCGAGUCUCGUGUGUCGACGGAACAUCUUACGAGGGCUCCAUCGUCAUCGGAACCGAUGGUGCCCACAGCUACGUCCGUGAAAAGAUGCGCGAUCUCGCCCUGAACGACAAAUCCGAACAGGUCAAUGAGGAGAAGCCCUUCCUGACCACCUUCCGAGCUCUGUGGCUGCGCAUGCCAACCAAGUUUGCAGGCAUCGACGCUGGAGUCACUUGCGAGACCCACGGUCCUGGUGCUGCGACACAACUCUUUGCCGGUGAGGAUUCUGCUGUCAUGGGACUCUAUGAGAAGGUGGAUGAGCCCACGCGAGAUCGUGUGAGGUACACCGAGGCUGAUCAGGUUGCUCUUGUUGAGCGAUGGGGUCACAUCCCCCUUGCACCAGGAGGCAAGCUCACUCUAAAAGAGGCAUUCAACGCCCGCACGCAGUCUGGACUUGUCAGUCUGGAAGAAGGUGUCGUGAAGCACUGGAGCUGGGGUGGCCGUGUUGUUCUCGCAGGCGACUCAGCACACAAGUUCACACCCAGUCUGGGUGCAGGCUGCAACAACGGAUUAAUUGACGUUGUUGCGCUAGUCAACCAACUCUACGCUCUUCGCCAAGAAGCACCUACUCCCACGCACGCGCAACUCGCUUCUGCUUUUCAGACCUACCAAGAUUCGCGAAUGGCGACUGUGGUAGAGGCUUGCCGCAGUUCGGGCAACGCAACUUCCAAUGCGUCGUGGCAGUCUGGCGUGUUCAAGUUCAUCGACAAGUAUGUCAUGGGCUUUGAGAUGGUGCAGAACGUUCUAGUUGGGUUAGGCGCACCAAAGAUGGCUCAGGCACCGCGACUGACGUGCAUUGAAGGGCCUGAGAGGAUGGUUGGUACUAUUCCCUGGGCAAAGACUGAAACAAAGGUUCAUUGA